AGUUUUGCGUUAACGACUUAACGUGCUCACUGAAGAAGCUGACAUUUGUAAUUAAAUUUCUACAAUUUAAGGGAUGGCUACAAAUUCGGAUGUGAAUUCUGAAUUGGACAACUUUCUUAAUAAGGUUGAUGAAUUAGAUGAUCUUAUGCAUGGAAUUCGAUCCUCAAAAUUAGACGAUGAAGACGAGUUGAAUAAACUUGAAUUGAAUACCAUACAACAACUCACGAAAUUUAAAUCUGAAAAGGAUAAAACAAGGGACAACAAAUCUGAAAUAAAUAAAACAAUAAUAAACCAAAAGGCUUUUACGGAUAAUCCAGCUGAUAUUCGAGACGAAUUCAAAGCUGCUGUAGAAAAAGAUGCUUUGGAGCGUUCUGAGAGAAGAAAAAAGCAUAUUCAAGAAGCAAAAUUUUAUAAAGAAAAAGGAAAUACAGAAUUUAAAAAUGAAAAUUACGAAAAAGCAGUGGAGUACUACACAAAGGGUAUUGACUUGGUUAAGGAUAUGAUAGUACUCUAUACAAAUAGAGCGCAAGCCUAUAUUAAACUGUCAGAAUAUGAGAAGGCUUUAAAAGACUGUGACUUGGCUUUAAGAUUGGAUGAUAAAUAUUUGAAAGCAUACUUACAUAAAGGAAAAGCGUAUUCAGCUCUAGGAAAGUUUGAUGAAGCAUUAAAUAGCUAUAAAACUGCUAUAUCUUGUGACCCAAAAAAGCAGAAUGUUGUUAGCCUAAUUCAAGGAUACAUAUCUGAAGUUCAGCUGAAGAAAAACCAAGCAAAUUCGUCAGGAGAUAGGAAAGAAAUUCAACUAAAAACUGAAUGUGUAGUUGACGUUUUAGAUACAUUAUUUAUUAAUGGAACUGAAGCUGUCCAUGUACAUGGAGGAUUGAGAAUACUACAGAAUAUACUUUACAUACCUGAUGCUCCAAUUAUUUUUAAAUCUAACGGUGGACUAAGAUUGAGUAGUGAACAUGAUCUAAUUGUUAGAUGUCUUGAAUCCGAGCCAACGAAAUUAACCAAAGAUGAACUUCAAGUUUGCAGUUCAGUAUACGCUUGUUACGCUGCUGCUUGCAUCAACGAUGAUGAGCAUAAACGGGUAAUUUUUCUUGAAAAUGAAAAAUUAGCAGCUCAAACUCAAAAAUUCUUAGACGCUCUUUUGGAAAAGGCCAAAACUUUGCAUGUUGAUAUACUUGCUUUUAUACGAGUAGUUACGUGCAUUCCGAUUGGAGUAGAUGCUUUUGCCACAAAAUUCGAUGCUUGCAGAUUUGUUAAAAGUUGCGUAGAUCUUCAAUCAUUUUAUGAAAAAAAACUUCCAAAAUUGGGAAACGAUAUUGUUGCUAUUUUUUUUGAAUUAUUUAAAUGUAGAAAAUUUCGUGAUAAAAUGGUUUCUCAAAUUAAUGGCAUAUCAGAUAUAUUUGCGGAUUUCAUGAGAAAAAAUUCAAAGAUCAACAAUAUUCGUUUGUUAUCAACAUUUUUAACUGGUUUAACAAGUCUUGCUAGGGAUCAAAGGCUAAGAAAAUUAUUAUCUGAAAGAACAUUAUUUUGGACAAGCAUAUUUGAUGUAUUGGAAAGAGUAAUUAAUCCUCUGGCUUCAUCCGAUAAACCUGAAUUUUCAGUACAACGAGAUUGUAUGUUGCUUUUGAACUGUUUAUGUUAUGAAAAUAGCGAAAUAAUGAAAUCAAAAAGUAUUGGCAAAAUUUGCUCAGCAAUUUACCCUCUAUUGAAAGCAGAGGAGCAUCAACUGCAGCAGACAACUCUUCAUACGUAUUCAACCAUUUUAACAGGUUGCAAAGACAUAGCAAUAGAAAUGAUAAAAUGGGGUUUCGUCGAGUAUUUAAUAGAAUUAAUGACGGAUGGCGAAAAAUUCAAUGGUAAUUGCCUCACAAGAUGUCUUUUGGCUUGUACGCGAGCGGACCAAUCAACUUGUAAGAUGCUCACUUCUUGGUUGCCUGCUUUAAAGUCUCUUAUAAAUCUCCUUGACUUGGAGGAUGAGAAAGCCGCCGGAAACGCAGCGCUAGUACUCACAGACCUCUUAAAUCAUGAUAAGAAUAUAUGUAACACUUUAAAAGCAACCGAUAUUAUACGCAGACUAUUAAUAAUGUGCAAGGAUGCAAAUUGUCAAAAAGUUCGAGUUAACUGCGCCAUAUUUCUUAGUAAAAUAGUAACAACAGAUGAAGAGUUAAAGAUAAAGCUAAGAGAAUUGGACGGUAUAGGAAUUUUACAUAAUAUGUUAAAGUCUGUCCGACUGGACGCCAAAAUAGUUCUAAAUAAUAAAGAUGGAGCCACUGUCGCAGAGCAUCCACAUUUUGGCAUAUUCCUUUAUAUUCGCCAAAAUUUGAAAAAGAUGGAACUUGAUUCGCCGCCACCUUCCGAUAAUCACAAUAAAUCGGUAUCCGAAAGGAUAGAUAGUAUUAGGGCAUUAAGAAGAAAGGUGGAUGUGCUAAAUAGCAGCAUACAAGAUAAGAUUGGCGAUUUGUCAAUUGUCAACACUGAAGCUGAACAAUUUGAGAAUCAUGCGCUAAGUUCAUACGAUUACAUAAGAGAGACUAACGUAGACGCCGACCAGGUGUUCGAUUGUAAAGAAUUUGGGACAAAAUUUAGGUCGCACGUUAGAAGUAUUUAUGGCGAGAAUGGACUUUUGGAAAAUGGCGGAAUUUCAGAAAUGGGUUGGAAAAAAAUUGGGGAAUCUAUUGGUAAAUAUUAUAAACUAUUUUCUGGUAAAAAGUCGUUUGCUGGCUGUCUGGGGGAUAUCCCACCGGAAAAGAAAAGGCAGAGUCGGUCGCAGAUCAGACGAAAAGAUAAGGAGUUGAUGAUGCUGUCUCAACCAGGGGAAAAGGCUGUGGGAUCUGAAAAGAAAGAGGAGACUAGCGCACUAGUUUUGCAUGUUCUAAAAUGUCUUCGUCAUAAUUAUAGAACAAAGAAAAGAGCAAUAGGCUUUUACGAAUUUGUCGUUGAUCCCUUAUCAUUUGGUCGUACGUUGGAGAACAUUUUUUAUUUAUCUUUUCUAAUUAGGGACAGACAUGUAAGGAUGUUCCUUAAUGCAGACCAGCUCCCUGUAAUAAAACCCGUGUCGGAAGAAGAAAGAUCAAAAUUUGCAGAAGUAGCCGAAAUCGAUUCGCUUUCAACUCUCUUUACCGUGACUCAUGAAGACUGGACAAAGAUAGUGGAAAAAUUGGGUAUGGAACAUAGAAGCUUAAUAUCCCGCCCAAAAUGCUAAUGAGGAUUUCUCUCAAUUACCCGUUAGACUCUGUAUUAUUUUUGUACAGAUUUCUUUUUAUAUGGUGUAUUUGUUUAUAUUACUGUUUAUCUCUCUUACGUUUGUACUGACUUUAUCAACGAAAGACAAGUAGUAAAAAGAUUCUAUACUAAGCGGAAGUGAAAGUUCCAAAAAAACGUAGGAGAGGUCGGUAAACGCUUACCGAAUUUCCCCCGGGAGUACGUGUUUUUUUAGACGAUCCAGUUCUGUUAAAAAAAAUAUAUAAAAAAAAGCCUGGACGCCAUCUGCUGGUGGUUAAAAUUCUGAUUAUAGUUAGUAAAUUGGCGGCUCCUUUCACCAUAUCUAAGAAAAUAAAUCAAUUAGGAGAAAAAACAUAUUUUUUCUUCAGUUAGUACAAAAAAGGAAGAGUUA